UAUCUGACCUGUCUACCGGAGAGAUACCGGACCGCCAAGUUCAGCCUGGCAGCCUACCUGCUCUGCUGGGCCCUGCUCAGGUGGUACCAGAAACUCAAAUGCCAGUCAGCCCCACUACAGCCACAGGAAGCGCUUGAAGACUCCCCCCUUCUUUCUGAAGGAUUAGGCUUAGAGGAGGGGGAUUUGGGUGCUGACUCCUUGAAAUGGUGCGAGAGAAGUACAGGAGGUGGUGACACAUCGGAUGAGUAUUUUGACUCUCGCUCAUGGCACAGUGACACCUUGUCGGAUUCAACUGCAGACGGGGAGGACUGUGUGGUUACUCUGCUUGAACUGGAAGAUACCUACAAUGAUCAUAAAGGCGGUUUCUUCCAGACUGGGCAAAACAAAGCCCGAAGGAGAGAAUUAUUGACCGCCAAGGAGAGCCACAGAGAUGCCACAGAGACUUCUGUUGGACAAACCAGUUGUAGCAAAUUGAAAAGCCCAGAGAACCAUCUAGACUCUUUUACCUUAGAGCUUAGAACCAGAAACCUGUGCUCAGUUGAGACCCGACCCUAUCCAAGUAAAGAGAAAUUAAAACUCAACUUGCUCAAGCAACAUUCCAGUUUACAGUCUGUUUCCACAGACUCUCAACCAAAGGGUUGCACGGAGCCAUACAGUUUACAUGUACUGAGCCAACACAAUAACAAGGUAAAUACUCCAAUAGACACCCAUGAUGUAAAGCUCCUUGCACAGCCAGAAAAAAACAAAUCCAACAGACUGAAUGAAUCCAUAGAGUUCAAAACAUGUAUGAUUCACACAGAUGCAAAAGAGGAAGGAACUGUGGAGACACAACAAGACGAACAGCAGGAAAGUCUAGAAAUCAGCAAUUUUCAGGAUGUAGUACAUAGUAUUGAACAGCUCAGUACAAAUGUUGCAGAGAGAAACCCAGGUUUAAAUAAACGCAACAGUGACUUUAUAGAUAGACAUCAUCAAAUUUUAAAGCAUCAGAGUAUAAUCAAUGAAAACAGCGACAAUAGGAGCUUGUGUAAGACUGUGGGGAUAUUUAAUAAUAAAACACCUGACAAAAUACAGACUCAAUAUAGCAACAACACAAGCAUAGCAGAUUCAAAUUUCAUAGAUGGAAUAAAUGCAAACAAAACUGACAGUAUUUGUCCACCAGCAUACCCUCAAUCUGAGAAUAAAUACACAGACUCUCAGAUAAGAACAGAAAACUUGGCAGUUUCAAACAGCACAGACGCAUAUGGCACAAAGACAAAUAGGGUAUCACAUAACACCAACUCGAAUCUCAUUGGCAAACUCAAUACACAAAUCAAUGUAUUGUCAAACAAGGUGGACAUUAGCUGUUCACAAAUUCAGUGUGUUGAGAGCCCCAACGGAGGGCUGUCGGAGACCCACCCUCAAGUUUGUAAUGGUGUAACAACAUCCCAUGAUAAGACAAAGGUUUCAGGUGUCUGCUUCCAGGCGGAACAGGGUGGGCUUGUUGGCACUGUUGCAGAGGGGAGAAUAUCACUUGGAACAGUAAAUGAAAUCUCUACCUCCAUCACAUUUUCCACGGAGACUACAGCCUCUUUGGAUACCUGUGCCACUGAGCAGUCUAUUGCUCCCAAAUUUCCUAAAGUAGCUUCACCUGUCCCACCGGUUGAGGUAGACAGGGAGGAGUUCACAGGGAGGGAACAAGAUCAAAAGCAACCUCAGAUGUUACAACUAUGGCAAAGUCAAAGUCAAAACCAAAAUUUUAUCCCCAAUAAGUUGGAUCAGGGGAAUGCUGGAUCAGAAAUACCCUUUUGCAAGCAGCUCCAUUUAGUGGACAAACAUUUGAAGAGGGCUCAGUCAGUCUCUACAGAAGCAGUGCCUGACUCAACUCAAAUCCAACGUGACACUGUUGACGAGUCGGAGGAAUGCCUGUCUUCUCACACAUUUUCAAAUAAUUUCCUGUUUUUAUCUGAUAAGCAAGAAGCAGAGGAGAAACCUUCUCUGUUAUCAGAGAAGUUUAGAGGGGAAUGGGUGAGGGUCAGAACACCCUGCUCUUUUCACUGGCCAGCCAAGGAAUUGGAGGGGGAGUACAGUUAUGUUUGUCCUGACCCGGAAAAAGUGAGUAAAGCGGAGGGUAAAGUCAGUCUUUCACAAUCAAAACUUCGCAAAACAGAGCUCUCUGAACACAGUGAGCUGCAAGUUAUUCCAGAAGUCCUUUCCAAUGAUGCGGAGGUCUACUUUUAUACACAACAUUUGACUUGUAAGAUAGGGGAGAUAUCAACACAUCCUGGAGAGAGUGAGUCUAUUGAGUACAGAAGAAGAGAACACCCAGGUGUAGGUCUAAAGCCAAUUUCUCAGACAAACAUACAAACCACUGCCAGCACAGUUUCUAGUCAAUGCAAGCAAGUUCAGUUGGAUCUGAAGAUCCCUGAAACUCUUAGUUGCCCCAAAACACCUAUUUUCCUUCUUUCAGACUCUAACAAUAACAACAAGGGCAGUAGAAAAGGUGUACAGAGAGGGGAGGGUAUAGAUUGUUUCUUAGGGCGAGCCCAGAGCAAGAGUAAUGACAAAAUAAUUUACCCACUGGUUGAGCCAUCAACAAAUGCGAUCCUUACAUUCGUGCGAGGUGUAGACAAACCCCAGACAAAUUCGGAGGUGUCAGUGUCCUCACUAGAUCACAGUUUCAACUGGAGCAACGAGGAAUCGGAAUGUAUGCAAGGAAAAAACUGUAAUAGCCUUGUCCAUUUAAGCCUGGUCCAUGCAAAUCAGCUACAAAAACCUGAGACAGAGAAGAGUACAGAGAAUAGUGUAGUUUUAAAAAGACUAAUGCUCAAGCAUUCCAGCUCAGAAAGGUAUGAAGGCCCUAAGCCAUUGAGUUCAAAUGUGGACUGUCAAUUUAGAGAAGACAAGCUACCAGGGGACCACAGCUUACCUAAUGCAAGGGGAUGCUACACGUCUGAAUCAUUAGAGCGACAUACACUGGCUGUCAAGUGCAGAGGGAACACACAGGUGAGCUUGCCAGCUCAACAGCAAGAGGUGAAGGAAGUCAGAUAUUCACACCCUGAUGUAAGUCUCAACCUACUUGCUGUCCGAAGUUUAGAACCAAUUUGGGAGGCUGAGCGUUUACAGGAAAACUGUGGCACAACAGUAGAUAAUUUAAUAAUAGAACCAGAGAAAAAACAUGAGAAAAUGAGGCCUGCUGAAGAAGAUAGGGAUAUUGUUACCCUUUCAGAGGACAUCUUCAGCCCCUCUGGUCCACAACACCAGGCUGAGCAGAAGGAAAUAUCCUUGGCCACUGCUGAGGAAGAGCCUGAAGUGACAACAACUGUCCUACGCAGUAGUGAAAAGCACUAUAGACCUAUGACUGUUGCCUAUGAUGCUGUGUGUUACACCUCAGCUAGUAGCAAAAGUUAUAUUUCAGACAGAAAUGACCAUCUAAACAAAAUGAUAAAAAGAAGAAAAACAAAAGGCUGUCAGACAGAAAAUAGAGGCUCUACAUUUUCUGUCUUUGCUAAAAUGCCUUCUUUUAGGAAGGCUAAGGGCUCUAAGUGUAGCAGAAGUGAAAAUAUUCCCCAAGAGUCACCAGAUGGAGAAAAUUAUGACCUUAUGUCUGAACAAGGCCCAAGGAAGGACAACUCAGAUGAUGAGGUUUUUGUCAGAGGUGACAUCAACCAAACAAUCCACCAAUUCAAUUCAAUUCAUUCCUCGGUGGAUUACGAGGUAGAUGAAGAGAGCUGCAACUUCUUCACCUCUACUCCACAAGCACAUCAUGUCCGUCAUCUAAUCGGCCAAGGGAGUAGCCAGGUGGGCAAUGAAGGAUCAAGCCAACACAGCCCCCUUCUCGGGCAAGUUGAGUCCCCUAAUGGGCUAAACAACAAGAGGAGCAAGAGCAAUGACAGUUUAAACAUUCGUAUGCGCUUUGCACAAGCACACAGGUCUCUUUCCAGUCUGUUUGAGUCCCGUUCCAUGGAUAAGGAGAAUGAGGAGCAGGCCACUGUGUGCAUUGAUCUGGAUUCGGUUAAAGCCAAACAAUCCUGGAGGAAGCUAAAAAUGCCCAAGGAGGCUGAGCUUCUGAAAAGAGCUCUGUCAGCGCCAGAUGGAGAAUGUAGCAACACUGGACAAGAACUUGGACACUUUAUAUCUUCUCCACUCCUGGACAGGCUUAGCAAUCCAGGGUCACCAUCCUCCCUCAGAGCCCUUCGCCACACAGAUCCCAUAUCCAAACGGGGAGUUCCACAAGGGAAUGGAAACAUCCAUGGGUGCAAAUCUGAGGGCCAGAGAAGAAAGUGUUUACCUGGCCUAUCGCAAUUUUCAAAUGACUCUGCAAUUCCACAUCUCAAUAACAUCAGCCCUGUUUCACCUUUGAGCCCCAGCUCACUAGCCGCCCUUACCCGCCAGCCUUCACAUCCUUGGAGUAGGUCCCACCAAGUUGCUAGUGAGGUCUUGACUGAAAGCCCCCUACGGCCAAUGAGCCCCAAACCCAACAGUCCUAGGCCAGCAGCUCAACGUAAAAACUUCUGCUAUCCUCAGUCAUCAAGGGCCAGCUCUGUGUGUUCUAAUCUUCUGGGUCAGUCAGUCAGCGUGGAAGGGCUGACAGACCCCCCUGAGAGACCUAAAACCCUAAAACCCUCAACUAGCCCUUUAGUUGUCAAUCUCAGUCUUCUGGAUACGGAAGAGCACAGAAUAGACAGCCAGUCACACAUCAGCCUGUAUGCCUUUGGCUUCAUCAGUGAAUUAGAGGGCUCUCAAAAUGGUGGUCGGCCUGCCAGUCAGUCCAGAACGAGAAAGCUGUUGGAGGUGGAAAGCGAAGGGAAGGCCUCUAUGGUUCUUGGCAGGCUGAGGAAUGGUUGCUGGUUGGAUGUGGGCCAUGAAAGAGGUGGCCGGCAGCAAGGGCAAAACUGUUCAGAUGACCUCUGGAUUGAAGAGCAAAAGAAAUACAAACGCAAAUUGGCCAGAGUCAUCAGAGGAAGCCUUGGCCAGCUCAACACACUGAUAUCUGAAGACAUGGACAAAACUGAUGCUGGAGUCACCUCAGGGCCCAUCAAUGCUUUCAGGGGGAUGCCGCUUAAAGCCCAAUUCUUCUCUCAGAGCACUCCCAUUGGACUUGACUGCCUGGGCUGGAGAAGACGCAUCUCCUAUACCUCGGUGGUUAUUCCUGAUGGUCCUUCAGAGAAGGCAGGAUUUGGGGAUGAGCUUGGAAGCGAAGAUGAUCUCCUGUAUGAAGACUUUCGCAGUUCUGGACAUCGGUUUGGACACCCAGGCGGGGGCGGAGGGGAGCAGCUAGCCAUCAAUGAGCUGAUCAGUGAUGGCAGUGUGGUGUAUGCUGAGGCACUCUGGGACCAUGUCACCAUGGACGACCAGGAGCUUGGCUUCAAGGCCGGUGAUGUCAUCGAAGUAGUGGAUGCCACUAACAAGGAGUGGUGGUGGGGCCGCAUCAUGGACAGCGAGGGCUGGUUUCCUGCAAGCUUUGUGCGGUUGCGUGUGAAUCAGGACGAGCCGAUGGAGGAGUAUCUGGCCCACCUGGAGGAGGUGCACACCGGUGAGAAGGACCAGGCGGCUCUGGGCCUGUUAUUGGGACCUGGUUUACCCUGCAAAGAGCAGAUGAGGACCAACGUUAUCAAUGAGAUAAUGAGCACAGAGAGAGACUACAUCAAGCACCUGAAAGACAUCUGUGAGGGUCACAUCAAACAGUGCCGUAAGAGAACAGACAUGUUCAAUGAGGAGCAGCUUCGAACCAUCUUUGGCAAUAUUGAAGAGAUCUACCGAUUCCAGAGGAAGUUCUUGAAAGGCCUGGAGAAGAAGUUCAACAAGGAGCAGCCGCACCUCAGCGAGAUUGGCUGCUGCUUCCUUGAACAUCAAACAGAUUUCCAGAUCUAUUCGGAGUAUUGUAACAACCACCCCAAUGCCUGUAUCCAGCUCUGUAGGUUGAUGAAAGUCAACAAGUACGUAUUCUUCUUUGAAGCCUGUCGACUACUCCAGAAGAUGAUCGACAUUUCCUUGGAUGGCUUCCUGCUUACCCCGGUUCAGAAGAUCUGCAAGUACCCACUCCAGCUGGCCGAGCUGCUCAAAUACACCAACCCACAGCACAGAGACUACCAAGAUGUGGAGGCAGCCUUGAACGCCAUGAAGAACGUGGCAAGGCUGAUCAAUGAGAGGAAGCGGCGCCUUGAGAAUAUUGACAAGAUCGCCCAUUGGCAGAGCUCCAUAGAGGACUGGGAGGGUGAAGACAUCCUCAGUAGGAGCUCUGAUCUCAUCUUUUCAGGGGAGUUGACCAAGCUGUCUCAGCCUCAGGUCAAGAGUCAACAGAGAAUGUUUUUCCUUUUUGACCAUCAGAUGGUGUACUGCAAAAAGGACCUCCUACGGCGGGACAUGCUGUACUACAAGGGUCGGAUGGACAUGGACAACAUGGAGGUGAUGGAUGUGGAGGACGGCAAGGAGAAAGACUUUAACAUCAGUGUGAAGAACGCCCUGAAGCUGCGAUCAGUGGCUGGUGAUGAGGUCCACCUCCUCUGUGCCAAGAAGCCUGAACAGAAACAACGCUGGCUCCGAGCCUUUGCCGAUGAGAGGAGGCAGAUUCAGCAUGACCGUGAUACAGGCUUCUCUCUCACAGAGGUCCAGAAGAAACAGGCCAUGUUGAAUGCCUGUAAAAGCCAUCCAGCUGGGAAACCCAAAGCGGUGACCAGACCCUACUAUGACUUCCUUCUGCGACAGAAACACCCCUCCCUCCCCACAGCUUUGCCCCAGCAGCAAGUUUUCAUGUUGGCUGAGCCCAAGCGCAAAGCCUCCACCUUUUGGCACAACAUCGGGAGAUUGACACCCUUCAAGAAGUAAAAAAAAAGAUGACAGAAACAGAAAGCUGUGGAGACAAGACAAAGAAGAGGAGAAAGAGAAGAGCUCUUUUCUCGUGCCUGAACAGACCCUUUUUAAUUCCUCCCCCUUCCUUUCCUAUCGGUAUCAUUGCCCUAAUUGAUAUAAUGAUUUAAGGUAUAGAUAAGGAUGAUUAUGAUGAUGGGGAGAUUAUUUUUGAAAGCACUUUAUAGGUUGGUUAACUAUCAAACUUGAGAAUUGUCUCCUGGAGACACUGAGUCAAACAGGGAGCAUGGACUCUUGCUUAACUUGCUACUAUACCUUCAGUCACGCGCAAACUGGUACUAAUACUACGACUGUACUGCUGCAAGCGAGCGUGGGACUUCUGACUGUGCUGCCUAUGUAAAGACAUUGCCUGUCGACAAAUCCAACUAUUUCAUUUCCACUGUUCUUAUGUUUUAUGAUUUGACAGAUGCCAACAGUUCGCAGUGCCAGAUUAUUUGUUUUGUAUUUGUUUGUUCUAUGUCUGCUUAUGAAAAAAAGGGGAAAUGAGGAGGGCGAUAACGAUUCUUGUGCUUUUCUCUGUGCAAAUAUAUAGUUUCAGGAUCAUUUCAGCUGGGUUUUGACGUGUUUUGUGAUCUCCAUCCACCAGGAUAUCUUUCUGUAUUACCCUGGUGCAUUUGUGGUAUUUCGCAAACAAUUUAUUAAAAAACAACAUAAAUGCAGCCCAAAGAAGAUUGAACUCAUCUCAGAUAAGGAGCUUUUUUAUUGAAAAAAACAGCAGCAAGCCACACUUUCCAGCAACAGACAUUCCUCGAGUGUGAUCCUCGACUCUUCCUUAUACCUACCAUGUCAAUGAAAGUAAACAACCUAUUCUUUCUUUAUUUUUUAAGUGCCAUUUGAAGUGUGCCAUGGAUGACUUACAAUGACAUGCAUGGAUGUGAUGAAAAAUACUGUGAAGAUUAUUUUUUGUAUCUUUGAAGAAUCCAGCUCUAUUUAACCAGAUUCAGGAAACUGAUGACUUUAUUGUACUACUAGGCUGACAGCAUCUCUCUCUCUCUCUCUCUCUCUCUCUCUCUCUCUCUCUCUCUCACACACGAACACACACACUUACACACACACACAUACACACACAAACAAACAAACAGUUAUUUAUCUACCUGUACUUCUGAUAUCCAGUAUCCCUGCUCUGUGUAUCUGGUCUCCGGUAUAAUCUAUUUUCCAAUCAAUGCAGCCCAGUGAUAUGUAAAUGCAUUCAGUGAAAUUUACUCCUCUCACCUUUAUGUUCAAAUGUUUUAGCUUCUGACAAUAUGGAAUAUUAAACAUUCCUAAGCUGACAAA